AUGAAAUUUUUCAAUACUAUUCUAUCUACUACUUUAUUCACUUAUGUUGCAUUGGCUGCUCCAGUUGAAAGCGAUCCUGUAAACAUUCCAAGUGAGGCUAUUCUAGGCUACAUGGAUUUUACAGAGGAUCAGGAUGUUGGUGUAGUUGCUUAUACCAACAGUACUUUCAGCGGACUGAUAUUUUUCAAUUCUAGUAUUAUUGAAACUAAAGACUUGACAAAGAGAGAUGCAGAGGCUGGUUGGAUGAGGCUAAGAUUGGGUCAACCCCUGAAGAAGAGAGACGCAGACGCAGACGCAGAUGCAGGUUGGAUGAGAUUAAGUCCCGGUAAACCAAUGAAGAAAAGAGAGGCUGACGCUGAUGCAGAAGCAGGAUGGAUGAGACUGCGUAUAGGCCAACCAUUGUAA